AUGAACUCAUUACAACAAGUUGCUGAUCAACUUGAAGCACUCUGCAAGGCGGACAGAUUCCCUCUUGCUAAAGAGGCAAGCAAUCAUCCAAAAUUACAACAACUCAAUCACGUGGAAGCGAUCAAGAAUCACAAAUUCGAGGAUUCAGACUCCAGCACCAAGAUUCUGGGCAUAUGGAUCCACUCAUCCACGUGCUCAACCACCGGAAUCAAUGGAUUCUCGGACGCCUCACAAUUGGCAAUGGCAGCUGCCGUGUUCAUCAAAGCCCACACACCUGCUCAUGGAGUCAGAGUUACGCUGCUCUGCUCCAAAACCAAGGUAGCUCCGUUAAAACGACUAACGAUGCCAAGUUCCAGCACUUUAUCAUCAAAAUUGCACUGUGGGUCUAAACUUCGUUAUUCAAUAAGCAAAAACGGGUCUUCAGUAAUAUCUUUAAAAAGAACAGACCCUCCAGUUAGCAAAGGUAAUGACAAACGAUCAGAUCAACCGGCAAAAGUUUUAUGUUCACGUGCGCAACCAUCAACACGUACAACUGAAGGUGAGGAAGACUUUAAACUACCAACAAUUGAAGAAAGUGAUUUCGAGUUUUCAGGUACUAAACUGGGGCAGGGUGCAUUUGGAUGCGUAAAAUUAGCCAUUUGGAAUGGCACUGAAGUUGCUGUGAAAUGCUUGAAUACUAAUGACAAUAUAAAGUAUUUGAUACGGGAAAUAAAAGCUAUGGACUUAGUCCGUCAUCCUAAUAUUAUUUCUAUCAUGAGCGUGUGUUUUACCGAUUCAUAUGUUUAUAUUCUUAUGGAAUAUUUUAAAAGCACAACUUUGACUACUUACAUCGCAAACAUCAGCACAACACUUGAUUAUUCUAUUAAAAAGAAUAGGAAUUAUUUUAUUUCGCUUCAAAUUUGCAAAGCUAUAUCUUAUAUGCACGGUUUGAAUCCUAGUAUCUUUCACAAGGACUUAAAACCGGAUAAUAUUCUAAUAAAUCAGGAGUUAGUGGUCAAAAUUUGUAAUUUAGGAUUGAGCAAAGUCAGUGAUCUUCCGUCAGCUCUAAAUACGACAAUUGGGCACCACUUCCACGGUACACCAAUGUACAUGUCACCUGAAAUAUUGAUAAAUAAUCAACCAGGAACCACUCACUCGGACGUAUGGUCCAUGGCUUGCUGCAUACUAGAGCUAUUUUCUGAGAGACAAGUAUGGGAAGUUAUGCCACGAUUUACAAUUGCUAAUUUAAGACGUACAGUUUUAAAGUUGAAGAAACCGACAUCUCUGGAAGAUGUACCGAUAACUAUACGCAGUGAUUUAAGUGCUUGUUUUGAAUACGAACCGUUGAAAAGACCAAGUGCAUUGAUAAUGUUACAAUCACUGAAACUUUGUUACAAAGAAUCGCCGGAAAAUAAUGACUGA